GUUGAAUCACUCCGUGGGGAUACCAGGAAGUGAGGGAGAAUUCCUGGAUCUUCUCCAGCACCAGGAAAGUUUCCUGUGGAGCCCUCAGCGAUGGCAGCCGAGGACAGGGAUUACAACCUGACUGAGGAGCAGAAAGCUGUGAAAGCCAAGUACCCCCCUCUCUGCAAAAAAUAUGAAUGAAGAGACAUUCAAAAAUGUGCUGGCCUUGUGUGUGGUGUUUUUACUCUACUUAAAGAUGAUUAUCUCUACAUUCCCCACCCCUGGAAUGUCUCCUAAGAGGAUGUGGGUGGCAGCCCAAGGGCCAGCUUAAGGCAGGGGACCAUUCCCUGCCUGUUUUCCAUGUCACCAGUAUCUGUCUGGAUGGAUUGUUUCUGUUACCUCUGUUAGAAUUUAUAUUUUUAGGCUGUGUUCAGAUCUUUAUUUGCUAGAAGUGCAGAAAUAUGGUGACAGAUCACUGCAGCCAUGCAGUUUCCAUAACUGGAGGAACUUUUAUCCCUCUUCUGCAUCUAAAGGAAUUUGUUUGCUUUAGAGACCGUUGUUGAGAACCCUUUAAUAGUGUGUGGUCUCUUUAAACAGCACCAGGACAAUUUUUCAGUUGAAGUCAGCAUUUGUUUCACAUCCCAACUUAAUUCUGCUGGAAUUUUGCAUUUCUUUCAUUCCUCUGAAUAAAUACAAAUGAGGUUCAUGUACAGCUGGAUUUAUGUGAUGUUAAUCAUUCUUCAUGAGUAAAGUUUGUCUUCUAUUUUAUAUUCCAUCCUGUGUUUUAAAUUCUUCUCUUUGCAUAAUAGCUGCUUUUGGGUGUGGACAGGUAGAUUUCCUCACUGAGCUAGAAAUAUUUGCAAAUCUCAUCCUUUGCAUGAAUAAUUUUCAGUCCUGCAGACUUCAGCAUAAACUCCUUACUCCUGGUGAAGGUUUCUUUUUAUUGCAGUUAACUUGUGGAAGCCUGUUGGGUUACAAAAGCCAAACCCUGCACUGACAUAAUCACAUUAAACAGGGGUUUUUUUGGGCAGAAAUAAUCCAAAAUUUCACCUGUGCUAAAUUUUUCUAAUAUGCUACAAAAUAGAUUUAUCACAUCUGCAGAUGAAUGCAAAAAUGUUUUGUUAGAAAAGCAGAUAUUUGUGUUAUUUUUUUUUUUUUAAUCCUCAUGUUAUAAAUACUUUUGGUGACAUCAUUCCUUUUCUUUUCACUUCCCCUCAGAUUUGGAUCACACAGCAGACGUGCAGCUCCAUGCCUGGGGAGACACGUUGGAAGAAGCCUUUGAGCAGUGUGCCAUGGCCAUGUUUGGCUACAUGACAGACACAAGCACCGUGGAACCCGUGGGUACAGUGGAGGUAGAGGCAGAAGGGCAUGACCUGUUGUCUCUUCUCUUUCACUUCCUGGAUGAGUGGCUGUAUAAAUUCAGUGCUGAUGAGUUUUUUAUACCCAGGGAAGUGAAAGUGCUUCACAUUGACCGAAUGCAGUUCAAAAUAAGAUCAAUUGGGUGGGGAGAAGAGUUCUCUUUAGACAAACACCCACAGGGCACAGAAGUCAAAGCCAUAACUUACUCAGCAAUGCAGAUCUGUGAAGAUGAAAAGCCAGAAGUCUUUGUCAUUAUUGAUAUUUAAAGCAAGAGUGUGGUUGAGUAGAUAUCGGUCAUCAUCUGGCAAAAACCCCCUAAAAUUGUAAUCCCUGUGGAAAAAACGAAGGAAUUGGCCAGUUAAAAUCAGAAAUUGAACAGAGUAGUUGCAGGGAAUGUCAGACUGUUUUCACUGAGACAGAGAAUAGGAAGAUUUAAUUGGGGUUUUGGGGGAUAUGGAGAAGGUGACGUUUGUACAGGUUGGAAGUCUCCCAGGAAUGCUGGCAGUCAGCUUCUAAGGCUGAUAUGUGCUAGGAGCUGUAUCAAAUACAGAAAUUGGUGGAGCUGAUAACUAAAAUACUCCAUUUUUACAGCGUGGCAGGAGAUAAUGUUCAUCUAGAUUGAUUUCAUUUGCAUAUUUCAUGUUCUAGUUCUGAUGAUGAUGAGCUGAUGUUCCUCCUCCGUAUUACAUAAAUCCAAAAUAGCUGCAGUGGCUCAGAUGUAAUGUGGGGAAAAAAAUCUGAGUGUUUAAAAUUAGACACCUAAAAAAUGAUGCCAAUUAAACCAAAAAAACCACCACAUCUUUUAAACUACUUAAAAAAGAAGUCGUGCCACCAGGUGGUGCUGAAUUGCUGUAAAUAAAUUGCCACGUGAAAUCUUAAAGCAUGUGACUGUACCUGGAAUCCUCUUAUCACUUAUGAUAACUAUGAUAAGUUGGGAGUUUUGCUGCUGUGGUAGAAGGGAAUGGAAUGGGAUGUCCCAAGUUCUCCCUGGGUUCACUCCCAACUGUAUCUCGUGAUAAUUGUGAUAAUCUCUUUUUAAAAGGGAUGGUUUGGGUCAGCCUAAUUGUUUUUUAAAAAGAACAAUACAGACAAUCCUUAAACGUCAGAGGAUUAUGGACUUGAUUGAAUCAAAAUGAAUAAAAAAUAAUCAAAAGUGUGGUUUUUUAAAAAAAAAAUCACAGGAUGACAAAUGUGCAUUACCUGCUGUUUUAAUUUAAUUUAAACAUGAGGAGCCUAGGCCUGGCCUGUUCUGUUACCAUAAAUGCUCCAAGUGCCUCACUGUGUUGUCUCAUUUUAUAAAGUCAUCUUAAAUGGUUUUAUUUCCAUGUUGUAAAGACUGAGGGAUAAAACCCCUUAUUUUUUAAGCAAGCCUCAAUGCCAAAAUAAAACUUACACUGAAACAAUGA